CUCCCCGCCCGGUGCCGGAAAGCUCACCCGAGUCAAUACAUGGAGGAGACACCGACGGUACGCGUGGAGGAGACACCGGAGCUUCGUAGAAGGACGCCGGGAUGCCGGACACCUCCGCUCGGUUCUUUGGACACUCGUCGCCCGUCCCGUCGGAGGAGCGAAGCGUCGCCGCGAUGAUCGGGAAGUAUUUCCUCCAGCUGACGUCCCCGGACCGGGAGACGAGCUGCGGCCGGCGGGGCAGCGUGGACAGCUGCGACGAGAGGGACAGCAACUCGCUCUUUGCCAACGUAGACGGCGGAAUGGCGCACGAAGAGCGGCUCCUGCAGCGAGAAGUGACCCGACGCAUCGAGCGCUGUCUGACCGAGGCCAAAGCGUCCCCCCUCCGCUGCCAGAUGUUGCUGCUGCCUCGCCAGAUGACCGCCAGGGUGGGCCGAGACGUGGUGCGCUCCUCCGCCGGUGAGCCGUGCGGCCUGCGGGGCGCCUCCAUCAAGGUCUACGUGGACGGCAAAGAGGGCCUGAUGUGCACGGGGAACAUCUUCCUGGACCCGAGUGUCACCCCGACAUUCGAACUGUCGCUGAUCUUCAAGGCAGACCAGGAGGAUGGCUGGCCCCCCCUCAGGCACAUCUUUGACACAAGCAAAGCGAUGAAGCUGAGGCCGGAGUACCGGCUGGUGAAGAGGAAGCUCUACUCCUCAGCCAGCCCCGUCAUUCACGACUUUGACUAAGAGGGCGUUGAGAACCUGUUGCAGAAAACCUCCUGUGGAGAAUCUGUAUUGUCGACCGUUGUCAGGGAAACUGCACUAGUGAGCCGUUGUAUUUUAUAUGUGAAUAACUGGAUUGUUUGUUACUCGUGUUGGACUUUACUAGAUCAACAGCUUGUUUACCUGUUGAAUACAUUAUUUUGCACAGAAUGGAUGGAUGUUUAAAGGGCUGACUCUAAACAUAAGCUUCCUUCCAGGAUUUUGCUGUUUUCAUAUUUUGUUAUAAAAUACAUUUUUCACACCACAA